CUGAUGUCACAUUGACGGCAAUUUCGACAAAUCUCAAUUGAAAGAAGGAUCUGUCGAUGCUGUCGUGAAGAGGUUAUGUUCUCCCGGAAUGUCACGCCAUUCAUUCUGCUCAUUUAGGCGAAGCGGCGUGUUGAAUUUUUGCGCAUCGGCUCGAACUCGGAUCGAUUAUACGGUAUCGAAUUAUACGAUCUCUGUAAAAUGGAAGAAUAUGCAAGAGAACCAUGCCCCUGGCGAAUAGUAGACGAUUGUGGUGGUGCCUUUACAAUGGGUGUCAUAGGUGGAGCAAUCUUUCAAAGCAUCAAAGGUUUCCGUAAUGCACCAAGUGGUUGGAAGCAGCGUUUUACAGGCAGUGUUGUGGCAAUCAGACAACGAGCACCCAUAAUUGCGGGAAAUUUUGCUGUCUGGGGUGGGAUGUUCUCUACGAUUGAUUGCACACUAGUUCACUUUAGAGGAGGAAAGGAAGAUCCUUAUAAUUCUAUUAUCAGCGGGGCUGCAACUGGUGGAAUUUUAGCUGCGAGAAAUGGGCUACCAGCAAUGGUGGGCAGUGCAAUCAUCGGUGGAGUAUUAUUGGCUCUGAUAGAAGGUGUAGGAUGUUUCACACGUCUCUCUGCCGAACAGUUCAAACCACCAACGCUGGUUGAAGAUCCAUCGCAAUUUGGCACACCUCCGCAAGGCUAUCCAUCAUAAUGAUCAACUAAAGUGUUUAGACUUAUUUUAAAUUAGAAUGAAAUGUUCAAGUAUAAUAUUUUUUCCAACAAUAUUUUACAAUAGAAUAUUGAGUGUCUCCUUUUGUCAGUGUUAAAUUUGUAUACAGUCUAGAGAUUUUGGACUAGAGAUCAAACAAUAUUUUGUUUUCUUAUUUAUCUGUAUUUUUCUUUGAACCUUUUAAGAUUUACCAAACAUUGUAUUUGUGUAAAGAUAUAUCCUGUAAAUACUUAUAAAAUAUA